AUGCGAUUCUUCUUUUUGUUGUUUCGUUGUCAGGCGCAACUCCGCCGGGGGAAUGAGUCCCUCGUGCAGGGACUGGUCAGCCAGGCCGAGCCGUUCCCGUGGGAGUCUAAACACGCCGCCCCCGCUGGAAACUCUACCGCUGCUGCUGCCGCCGCCGCCGCCGCUGCCAUUGCGGCCGCCGUUACGACACCCGAGGAUUCCGCCGCCGCCGCUGUUGCUGCGGGGCACGGCAGGCACCUGUCGCUCCACCUCGACGCAAACGCUCAUCGCUCCAACAGUGCAGCUGGCGCCGACCCCGAUGCUGACACAGAGGAAGACGAAAGCACGGCUCCAGACUUCAAGGGUUUCGUUGUUCCCGUUGAAACAUCCGCCCCGGAGGCGGUGGGAGUUCCGGCCGCGGACGAUUCGGCGUUCUUGACUAGGGGCCACGCCUUGAGGAGGCGUGUCUCUCUGGAGGGUGUCACGGUCCAGAACCUUGAGGGGCCGGACCUUGAGGCAGGGGAAGCAGGCGCCGGUACGGUUUCUCUGCCGUGGGCAGGAGAUGCCACCGGGGACAUUGGCUUCAUCGUAUCCGUCCCGGGAGAGGUGCGGUACAACCGUUACGCGGUAGCACGUGGGGUGGGCGGAGUAGAAGAGCUCGUGUUCGCCGUUCCCGAAGGAACUAAGAGUGCGUCGGCCUACACGGGUUCCGGUGGAGGAAUUUUCGGGGAUUGCUGCGGGGGGGGCGGAGGCGGUGGCGGGGAGUACGCGGACAGCGUCGACGAUGACGGCGGGGGGGGGGCAGGGGGCAUGCUCGGGGACUCUGACGAUGAAGAAGACUACAACUGUCUCCACGGGGGAAUUCUGUCCGGAUGCUUGCCUGAGGCGAGUCGCACGUGCUUUUGGUGCUGCUGGUUGCACGGCCGCACCGGGGGGCAACGGGCCUUGUUUUGUCUUCCGACGGAGAUGCCCAGCGACAUCCAGUCAGUGAGAGUGACGACGGAAGUUGUGACCGAAAAGGAGGGGGAGGAGCCUACCCUUGCCGUGCACGUCAUCGUGGACCGCAGCGUGCCCGUGCUGGGGUGGGUGCUCAUGGUGUCGGCGCUGUUUGGCCUCGCCGCGAUGGCUCCUUUGGGAGACCUCCUGAGCAAAAUGUCCCCCGACGCCCUUCCCGCCAUCUACCCAGUGUGGCGUUACUGUUGCUCCACGAUCAUCUACUCCCCGUGGUUCCUUCUCAUGGUGGCCGGCAGCAAUCCGUACACAUCCUGGAGAUCGUGGGCGUGCUUCUCGCCAUGGUCGGGGGCGUCGUGUCGACCGUGGGGGAGACGGGUGGAGACGACGGCGUUGACGCAGGCGAGAAAGACCAAGAAGCGCUGUCUAAAACACCAGCAUCGCAUGCGUGUGCUGGUUCUACUGCCCUGCGUUCCCCCAGAUGUGUCCGAUGCGGUGGCGGGAACGAGCGUCGUCGUUGUGGCGGGGGAUGCUGAGUCAAGCGGUGGCCAGGCCUUCGGCAUUUUGCUCGGCCUGGGGUCGGCGUGCUUCGGCGGCAUGUACAUCCUCAACGCGAAGUCGGCGAGGAACAAGGUGGAGGUGUCCCACUUCGCCUUCAUCGCUUCGAUCGUACCGGCCGCCCUGUGCACGGUGGUCCUCCUGGCGGCCUACGGUGGCAGCCCGGAGGGGAGGGUGCUGCUGUUCGGCACGUCGGGGCUGUUCGGGUGGACGCAGUCCCCUGCGCUCGUGCUGGUGCAGGUUGUGACGUCUGUCCUGGGGGAUAUGGUCGGCAACUUCGGUUUCUACCUGCUUCUCAAGUACAUUUCUCCGCUGGUGGUGUCCCUGGCAAGUCUCACGGUGCCCCUCCUAGCUGUCGUGGAGGGCCUCAUGCUAGGGGUCGUGUCGCCCCCUGGCAUCCUGUUCGGUAUCGGCGCGUCCCUGAUCCUGACCGGGGCGGGUACGGCAUCGAUGGUGACGCUGCUGCCCCACACGGAGGUGUUCGACGCGACCGAGGCGGUGAAGACGACACAAGAGGGGGUCGGGGACGCCGACAAGAGCCCGGUACCGGGCUCGAGCUUGACCAACUCCCCCGCGUUGGGGUACGGCAGCGUCAACGGCAGGGGUGGCGGAGGGGGCAAAGCUACCUCCCGCGGGGAGUCCCAUAACGGGGAGUUGCGGCCCCUGCUCUCGCUGGAGGCGGAGGACAAGAAGGCGGAGAGCGGCUCGUCGGAGCAGCCCUCGCUGCUGUUCAAGUAGCGCCGCCAGCCUGCAGGGGGCAGC